CCCAUCACUCCAUCACUCCUUGGAAUUGCCCUCCUAGGGCCAAGGGCAGGUGGACACCGUUGAUGGCUUGCUGCGUUGUUUUCUCAGCAGAUCGGAGCCUCAACUGUGUCUAGGAUGCAGUGUCAGGAUGUUCAUCAGUUUGGUCAGAAGCUGGUUCACCUGUGGCGGCUGGAGCCCAGGGAGGGGUCUGAGAGGCGUGUGGCCCAAUGUCUGAACACUCUGGACCUAGUGGCCUUGGGUGUGGGCAGCAGCCUGGGAGCUGGCGUGUACAUCGUGGCUGGUGCCAUGGCCACAUACACAGCUGGUCCGGCGAUCAUCAUCUGCUUCUUGAUGGCCACUCUGUCAUCUCUGUUGUCUGGGCUCUGCUAUGUGGAGCUGGUGGCCCGGGUACCACAUUCCGGUUCUGUGUAUCUCUACAAUUACGACACCAUGGGUCAGCUCUGUGCCUUCAUCACUAGCUGGAACCUCAUCCUGUCCUAA